UAAAAGACGCUGAUUUGCUGAGCAGUGUUUGAAGCUAGCGUUGGGAUUUGUUUUGCUGCUGACCACUUUAAUAAUUCAGUUAGCAAACAUUAUUACAAUCUUAUGGAAGCUCUGAAACACCGGACGCGUUAUGGACCCCCUGUCCCAUGGAAAGAAACUUAUAGAAAGCGUUGUUUUGAGAGGCUUAAGACAGGUAGGUCUCGGUUGUUGGAGAGGUACCGCCAGGCUGGAGACAGCGAUGGCACUGGAAAAGGCUCCAUGGUCGAAGAGAUUAUGCAGGAGGAGUGGAGUACCCUGCAGUCCUCCGAAGGCAGAUUAGCAUCGCCAUGGAACAACGUUGGCAGAGACUUGUUUGGAGCCGUACACCAAGACGAUGAGUUUUCAGUCCUUCAAGAAAUUCAACAAGAGCUUCUAGCCGAAGAGCUUGCCAUUCUGGAGGAUUACCACAGGAACAUGCAGUUUGAGGAGCAGGCCUUGAAUGCGCUGGUGGAGGGAAUGGAAGACUGUGGUCUCAUCAUCUGUCCAGUCUGUUUCGCAAACAAUAUGACGGUGACCAGCCAUUUUAUCUCUUGCCCGUGUGGCUUGUACAUCAACACACUGGGUAGGAACGUGAGCCCUGCGGUGUUGAGGACUCUCCUGGAGCAGCAUGUCACCCACCACACGGACACAGAGUGUCCCCACAACCCCGUCUUCUCCAUGGUGAUCAACAUGGACAGCUCCUCCAGCCUUAUGGCCAGCUGUGGGGCCUGUGAUUACCUGUCUGUUGUUCUCUGAACACGUCCUCUGAGCUCGCUCCAUUUUAAGGGGUGUCUGCAUUUUUAAAACGAUUCACUUUCUGUGAAAUAAUAAUGGUUUGAUUCUUUGAAAAGCACUACACAAUGUAGACAACAGAACCCGGGGACGCACAGAAUGGAAAUGUGAUGUCAGGUCUUUGUUGGAGCUUCACUGUGGUGGAGCUGUUGUGUUUUUUUUUGGGGGGGGCCUAUUCUGUGAAUGGGCCUGUAGUAUAGCAACACAUCUGAGCCAUGUGCCUAAAGAUAUGCUUCAGCCUAAUCUCUCUUCAACGCUGUGUUUCUGUUCAAUCAUGCCAACCUCAGCUGCUUCCAUUUACAUUUUAGUUCAAAUAAUAUACGUCAAUAAUGAUGGCCACGCUUAUUUAUCUGUAUGUUUGUACUUUUAAAGACAUAAUAAAGCUAUUAUUUUGACUAAGUGA